AUGCUUCCAGCCGGCGGUGUCAAUUUGCAGACCCAGCAACCAACUGCGCAGGCCAACGAUCCAUCUCACGUUGGUUUCGAAAAGCUGCCGGCAGAGCUUCUCUAUCACAUCUUUCGCUUGGCAGCUUCCACCGACUAUAAGACUGCGCAUGCUUGCGCCUACGUUUCCAAGCUCAUUUGCAGAUGGACGGCGCCUGAUCGCUGGAGAACCAUCAUCUGUACCAGCGGCUAUCAACUCGAGGCUCUUUGGGAAGCUCUUGAAACUUCAGUCGCAGUGCCGUCUCCACAUGGACCCGAUCGUGGCAAACGUCCAAUAUCCUGGCCGGGGCCCCAGCCAGGUGCUUUCGUCGAGAAUCUCUUCAUCGACACGAGCGGUGCAGAAUGGAGAAUCGAAGACCUCGUGCAUAGUCAAGAAGACAUGGAGUCUUGCCUAUCAUACGCCUGUCCGCGUCUUAGUGCGCAGGACAGGUUGACGUACAGCGAACAACAUAAACCUCACCCGGUGGAUGACCUCCUCCGACACUUUCAGCACGUCAAUUACCUGGCCCUCGGCUUCUUCGAGGCUCGCUACUUGCGCCUUGACGCGAUCUCCCCCGCUAAACUGCUUUGUGUUACUGAAAACGAGAGCUUUCUCAUCAACUUCAUUGACCAAAUGGGCCCGCAUUUAAGCGAAGAUCCCAACGAUCCGCUAUAUGUUGACGAUGCUUUGUGGCGGGCAGACGGCUCGCAAAUCUGGAAACCAUCUCUCGAGACCUUUCGAAGAAGACUUGACGCUGUCCAUUUCAUCGGCAUCGAGCGAAACAAUGAGCUUUCGGGUGUAACAAUGCCGGCAAAAAAUUUAGAGGCAUUGCGCGCUGGGAGCUUUGGUGAGUCGUCCCUCGUGCGGCGCAUCGCCGACCAUCAAGAAGGUGGACUUCCACCUCGUCUCAGUCAGACUGAUCAGGAAGAAGCCUUGGCGUCCAAGUGGUAUAUUUGGCCAAGGGAGGACAGAAAAGGAGAGCGCCGUUACAUCCGUGGUAGCUAUCCUUUGUCAUCGCCAUGGGCGGACUUGCAACCGGAGAACAGGCAGACUUCUCAGCCCAGUAACGAUGUCGGUCCACACCCCUUUGACAAUGAAUACGGCCGCAUCAACCCGACUUCUUGGAGCCACUUUCAGCAGGGCGUCACCAAGAUUAGAUACGACACUCGCAAAUUUGCCUUGCGCCCCGCUGAGAUCACUGCGAGUCGUCUCAAGCCCUUCUUUGAAGAGCUCACAACGACUCGGUCAGAUUUUGCUGGGUUGAGUGAUAUUAGUGGCGUGCCAAAAAUGUCUGCCCCGUCCUUCACGCAUAGUGGGCCUCGGCACGCUGCACCACACAGAGGUGCUGGUCACUAUUCGAAGCCUGAUCCAGGUGCAUACCACGAUCGGACAAUCGCAACACCAAAGCAAGCUGCUUUGAACACUUUUGGCUGCAGCAAGUUUCAAAGCCUUCAUCUUUGUUGGGACCCUGUGCCUAGCACGGUCGACGCAGCAAAUGGUGUUAAGGCCGGUAAAGGCGAAGGCAGCGAUGCUGGGUCUCUUUCAUUGGCCUCUGGCGCAGUUGAAGAGACGGACUGGCCGGUGGAGCGACAAGAUAUUUGGACCAACACAUCGUCGCAGAACAACGAGGCUCAGGCACCACCGCCUCACACCACCCCCUCGCGAGCCAAGGGAUCAUUGUAUGGCCAGAAUGGUCGAGCAGCUGCAACACAGAGACCCACCCAACCCUCAUCCGCAGUUGCAACAGCUCAGCGGCAAUCAUGGAUCAUUCCCAGCUCGCUUGAGUCCAGACAAUCCAAGAAUUUCCGAGUCGACUUGAUCGACUCGAUCCGAACAACCUACGGCUGGACACGACAAGACCUGCUGUUGAGCGAGCCACCUUCGGAUUCGCAAGCAUCGAAUCUGGUGAGGCGACUCGGAGGCGAUGUGAACCGAUUCAAUCGGUUCGACCGUGUGGUCUCGGAGAUCGCGCACCAGCAGAGCAGUGUCCAUGAUCGAGACGCGUCGUCUUCAACGAGCUCCGGUCCUUACGCGACCGCACGCAGCGGCAUCGACGAAGAAAAGCUGACCAUCCGUGUCGUACCACCCGCUGAGCGGCUCAAGCUUGGCGGCAUGUAUGUUCCUUACACCAAGGAGCAACGCAUUAAAUGGUUUCUCGCCAACUUGGAUACGGAUGAUGCCUAG